CCAGGCGGCCUGCUUGAGCGCCUUUGCUCCGGGCCAGCUCGGCGGCGGCAUUCUCCAUGACGGCCACCGUUUUUCGUGUUUGAUCUCUGCAUACACAGAACAGAAGAAGGAGAUGGAUCUCUCAAAGUCGAUGGAUUAGGUAUCCAGGCAUUUCGGCAGGGCUAUCUUUGUCGACAUGUCGACAUGUUUUGACUCUUUUUGUCACGAAGCAAACUACAUGUGUCCACUUCCCGACUCUCAUUCUUCAGCAUCCAUCAACACCAGUAGCACACAGGCUCGGAGCUUCUCUUUAACGGGGGCAAGCACAAUUCUCGCCGUCUGCCACUAGAAAACUGACACAUGUCUUUCCAUCCACUCAGGGGCUCAGGGGUAAACACCACCUUAAUAGCAAAUCCCGUUGCCAGGGCAAACCUCCCAACUACCCACACCAUAACCCCCCAAACCCACCUCGAUAUCGACCAGAACAACAGCCCUGUCGAUAUCACCUCUUCACCCUCAACCGCCAACACGAACCCAAACCUCCAACCCCCUCUUGGCAUCCGUAUCCAACCCCUGUCCCCCAAACUCCCGCCAAGACCCCUACACAGCAUCUUUACGCGUCACCCUCCCACGUGUGAACCACUCCCCCGGCACCUCAACACCAAACUGCUCAAAAAUCUCACGAUGAACCCACCCAUCAUGGCUUUUUUGCGCGACAUUUGUACAAGAAGUCUUUCCAGGCAACCAUAUUUCGACUCCUGCCAAGAGAUAUAGCUUUAGAUACGACGGGGAAUAAAAAAGUUGCCAUGGAGCAGGGGUCUUGUGCUUUGGGGCUGGCACAAAAGUAAAAUGAGCAGGUGUAUGCACGCGACUUUUGCAUCUUGGUCGCUGGACACAAAAGAUAGGGUAGGAGCGGCUUUUCCAUCGACAGCACGUUGUUCCCGGUGGUCUAGCCAUUUCUCAGGCCCGACUCUGUGCCCACCGACAACUACUCGCGAUGCUCCUCUCCCGCCGUAUCAUCACCCUCACAGCCGUCCUCGGCUUCAUCGUCGUUGUCUCGUUCUUUACAGUCAAAUACGACGGCCAUGUCGCCCUGGAAUCAGCGGCAAGGUCGCUGACGGGGCAGAAAAAGAAACCUGCGUUUUCAACGAUACAGAACGUGGUCUACAACCGGACAAGAGUGCAAGAGGAGGCCAAGUUUGCCUAUGUGCAAUACACCACCGAUCUGGAUUACCUCUGCAAUGCCAUGAUCAACUUCUCCCGACUAAAAGAAUUCAACACAAAACACCAGCUCGCACUGAUCUACCCCGACACAUGGAACUCCGAGGGCAAAUCAGCCGUCUCCGCGAGGCGAUUCCGCAUCAUGAACAAGAUCAGAACCGAAUACCCGCACAUCAACCUGCACCCCUCCCCCGUGCUGCAGCUCCCAAACGGUGAUGCCACCUGGGGAGCUUCCAUCACAAAGUUCCACGCCUUCUCCCUGGUCGGCUACACUCGCGUAUUGGCAUUUGAUUCAGACACGCUAGUGCUGAACAACAUGGACCACUACUUCGAGGCGCCGAGGGCGGUUCUUGCCGUGCCGAGGGCGUAUUGGUUGGGGGAUCUGAGGAAUACUUCUCUCUCCAUCAACGAGCAGAUUCUGGGAUCGCAUGUCAUGCUGUUGGAGCCGAACACCAGGCGCCAUGACAGGAUCGUUAAGGACGCCAUGGACUCGGGAGAGUUUGACAUGGAGGUGGUGAACAGGCUGUUUAAGGGCUCGGCGAUGAUCCUGCCGCACCGGGGACUGGCUUUGCUGACGGGGGAGUUCAGAUCAAAGGACCAUUCGAGGUACCUGGUCGGUGAAGGGGAGGAUGGGGAGGAUGGGGAGCAGUGGGACGCGGUUGCGGAGGUCAAAAGAAGCUUUCUGGUCCAUUUUAGCGACUGGCCGUUGCCAAAGCCCUGGAUGUUCCAUACUGAUCGGCAGUGGAGGGAUGCGCUGCCGAGCUGUGAGGAGGCGGAGAAGGAGGAGGAGAGGAGGAGAAAAAGAAGGGGAAGGGGGGAGGACGACUGCCCUGACAAGCUGGUCUGGAGGGGGUUCUAUGAGGAGUAUGACCAGGAGAGGAGGGCAAAGUGCGGGUUCAUUGAUGAGUGA